GUUUUUCAGUCAACUGGGGUGCUAUGCUGGCCUAUGCUGCCAUUGUGGGUUAUAUUAACCCUUCUAUCACAUUUCCUCUGUAUCUGGCUGGCGUCAAUUGGACAAUGAUUUACGACACAAUAUACGCACAUCAGGAUGUUAAUGAUGACAUCCUUAUAGGUGUCAAAUCAACCGCCGUUCUAUUUGGAGAGAAAACUAAAUCAUAUUUGGCCAUUUUUCACACGGGAAUGACAGUGUGUUUUCUCAUUGCUGGGAUUAAUGCUCAGGCUGGUUGGAUUUAUUACCUCGGGACGUUAUGCACUAUGUUGCAUAUAGCCAAUAUG